AGAAAACAUAAGAAGGGACUGAGUAUUGAGGAAGUGCAAUAAACUCACUUCUCCUUUAGGGUUUAGAACAGUUUAGAAGACAUCGAGUAAUCUGUCAAAUUGUACAUGGACAUGGGCCGUUUUCUUUUAUUUUCUCUGCUCACUGAUCUACUUUUGAUAGAGAGCAUUACAAUGGAAAACUGCAAAUUUCGUCCAGCCAAGGAGAUUGGGCAGAAAGUCGGGCAGUCUGCUGAGCUCCAAUGUGGUGUGUCCUGUUCAAACAAGCACGUGCACUAUGAGUGGUUUGUAUUCAAAGAACACAGCCAUUAUCAUGUCAACCUGACUGGAGCCCCAUUAAAAUAUAACCUGGUUGGAGGAUCUUUACACAUCAAAUCAGUUAACAACAACGACAGCGGGAUCUACUACUGUGCUGCAAUGUGGCCUAGGGAAUCAACGCGGAACCGACAGUAUGUAGGAGAAGGUACAACACUGAUAGUAAGAGGACAUGGAACACGAUUAGUGAAGUACAUUCUCUUGUGGCUAUCAUUUGUGCUGUUAAGCAUAUACAGCAUUGUAAUACUGUCACUUAUAAUAAAAAAGUGUGGCUGCAAUCGGAGCAAAUCCACAAAGGCAGAAGAAACUGAUAAGACCACCUCCGAUAAAAAAGCAGCUAAAAGGAGAACACAGUUUCGUGAUGUACUAGAAGAAAUGUACAGCAAUAGGAAUACGGGAAGAAAAAAACAAAGUGUGGGCAGAGACAAGGUUGAGGCUGCAAGUACUGACUUUACCGACUCGAAUGAUGACAUUUAUCAGAAUGUCUAACACCUGCACAGGAUAGUAUCGAAGGACAGGACCAGACCUUCAUCAUCCCGACUGGAUGAAGAAUCCUGAAUCUAUUGUAGCCAGUGAACUGAAUGAAUCAGCAAAAGUUAUUUAUGCGCUUGCUCAACAUUUCUCAAUGGAUAAACAAACACCACAAUGAAGCUGCUGUGCAGAUUCAGGUUUUUUAUGGCUUCUGGAAUGAGAUUUACAUUUCUCAGAAAUAAGAUCAGUGUUUGGGGAUAAAAAAGCUAAAUUCAGGACAUACUUACAUAUUAUUCCAGAAAUUUCCUAAUUUAUUGUAUGUUAUUAUCUGUGAAAAACAGCAGAAACCACCAAAAAGUUGUAAAAAAGUGUUUUUAAUCAAAACGUCCUGAUCCCAACCACAAGAUUUCAAGGCGAAUACUGUAUAACCCCAGAAAGAUUCAAAAGACAUACAGAUCAUUGCAUAUUUAAUAAAGCACAUUCAAGAGGUUCUUUACAGUAAGGCACCUUUCACCAUCCUGCUUGUGGGCACUGUCACAACAUCCUGUUUAUAUUCGAAGUGCAUCGGUUUUCUUAUAGAAUAAAACUAAACAAAACCUGAAAAUAAGUUGCAUUUGCAUCUUCUUCUCAAUGGAUUUGACUAAUUUAAGUUACCACUUAAAUGCUGAAAAAAUAUGGGAUUUCAUUGAUUUUUAACACAUUCGAGAAAGCAGUAGAAUAGUAGUGAUGUUUAUGUGACACAUUAUUUGUGGUUUUACAUCCUUACAGUUGACAGUCUUAAUUAAUUUGUUCCUUUCGUCUCCCCUUCUCACUAUUCUAAAGCAAACCCUUGAACGAGGAAAUUCCAUUUUUUAAACUGAGCCAUGUCAUGCGCAGCUUCCUGUCUCUACUCUGGUACAAAAACAAUGAUGUGUAAUAGCUGCUCUAGUUCUAAGGCUGAAUAGUUUUAAUUUGGUGUUACCCUUAUCAUUAACAACAGAACUUGAAUGUAUUGUAUUGAAUGUAUAUGUAAUAUAUAUGUAAAGAAUGUAAAACAAUAACCAUUUUUUUUAACCUAGAGUGACUCUUUGUAAUCAUCCAACACUAUUUUUAACAUACCUUCUGAGGAACUGGUCCUCUUUCACAGCAUACAGUACAGUCAUCUUAAGGAAUUAACACAUCUGGAAAAAAAAACAUUUUCCAACAUAGCCCAUGGAAAGCAUGACUCACCUGAUGAGCCAAAUAUCAGACUCACACCUCACAAUUAUUGCUCUAUGAAGCAGUUGAAAGAAUAAAAAAACCUUUAAGAACACGUUGACUGUUGCUGUAGAUGAAGCUGUGUCCUGUUUGCACAGAUCAUUUCUCACCAUAUCAGUCGUUGAGAUACAUUUUCUUCAACUUUGAUAUUUAUAAAACAUCUGGGCAUCUGGGAGCACACCAAGGCUUACAGUUGUUCACUAGUCAUUUAAAUAUGAACAUAUUGAUUAACUACAUCAAAAAUACCCUAAAUUCUUCCGAACAAAAACCUUUGGCAUGAUUUCUUCACAAAGAAUAUAGAUUUCCAACUACCUUGCUUUAACUGAUAAAAAAUUGAAUUAACUUUCAAUAUACUUUGCAUCGACUGUGUGACUGUUACGAAUGGAAAAUGGCCUCCAAGCCAAAAUCUGCAUAGUGGCCACACACAAGGGGACCAGACACACCAAAUAGAACAUGACACUGUGGAUGCUCUCCAGGGUGCUGGAAAGAAGAAAAUGUUAGUUAAACUGUGAGGCCGUGCUGUGCCACCCCUAAAUACACUUCUUUAAAAAUCACUAUUUGUUUUGAUGGUGCAUCUAGUAUAAUGUUACCGAGUUUGUUGUGCAACCGCUACAAAAGGAAUACAAUUAUGUUACGGACAAGAAAGUGUCUUUACCUUGGAUUUGAAAUAUUUCCUGCAUCUUUCAGCUUUUCAUAUCCAAAUUGGUUGAGGAUAUUAAGCACCAUCAUAGGGGCCAGAGACUGACCUGGCUUGGUGAACAAAGCAUUUGUCCCAAACACCAUGGACGAUAGAGGGGAACUGAAGCAAGGCAAAGACAAACUCAUUGCAAAAAACAAUAAUAUCUUUUUGUACUGCCUUGCAUCAAUAUGUACACAUGUAAAUGACAACUGUAAAUCACCUUAUUGUGCCCUCAAAUGCAAACAUAUACCGAUCAAAAAUAUAUAUUUGUACCAAUAAACAUACUUUUACCUUC